UCACUGGCGGCGGCGAUCGGCCAUUUUUCACAUACCGUGACUGCAAGUGACUUGUCGCUCUUCACAAUUGAUAGUUUCCCCGUGCUAUUUCUGUGCUGAACACGACCAGGAUGGCAACAACUGAAGGACAAACAACCGGGCAGCCAAAUCUACAUAAACAGGAUCUGUCGCAGUUGGAUAUCACAAAACUCACGCCUCUGUCGCCGGAAGUGAUCUCCAGGCAAGCUACCAUAAACAUCGGCACGAUCGGACAUGUAGCUCACGGCAAGUCGACAGUGGUGAAGGCGAUUUCUGGCGUACAGACUGUUCGAUUCAAGAAUGAACUGGAGAGGAAUAUCACCAUCAAAUUGGAGCGCAUAUCGAAUGAAAGAAUCAGAGAUUUGACCACAUCACCAAACAAAUUGAGGCAUUUCCUCAAGGAAAAUUUCCCAGAGUGCCUGAAUGAGGAGAAUGGCAAGAGGCGAAGAUCGCGAUCGAGCAGCCUGAGCGACUGCUCAUCCGUCAAGAGGAUGAGAUGGAGUGACUCUCCGUAUAUAAAUGGCAAGGCACACCGCGGGGUGCUGAAGGAGGUGAAUGCGAGGAAGAAGACACACGAGAAGUCUUCGUACGCCGUCGAGGCGAUCCGCAGGAUAAAUGUUAUCGGCAAAGUGCCACAUUUUCACAUAAAGUGGAUUGGAUACAGUGAGAAGGUGAACACGUGGGAGCCUCUGGAUCACGUGAGGUCCUGUUCGGUGUUCGAGGAGUGGAUGGACGCGGAGUUGUCGGUGAAGAAGGAUGUGAUUGAGGUGGUGGUGAAGGAGAUCCAGGAGAGUGCCGAGACAGAGGAGACCAAAGAGCCAAAGAAAGAGACCAUAAUGGUGAAAUUAGCCAAGUACGAUGGACCACUUCUGGACAGUUAUCUCCUUUUGCUGGCACUGUAUCGUCUCACUGGUACGCGCGAUGCGCGGCUCACGCGGCACAUGACGGCCGUGGUGAGGCGUCAAUUGGAAUUGAGGAGUCUCUUCGGUCAGCGUCAGGAGCAACUGAGAGCACUCAGGGAGUGGGAAGAUGAGCUAAAUCGAGCGGAUCCCUCUCGUGGGAUUUAUGUGGAGAACGAAGUUGACCUCGAGAUGCCGCCAACGGAUUUCCACUACGUCAACAAGUGCUUCGCCGGGGCAAAUAUCACAAUUCCGGAUGAUCCAUUGAUUGGGUGUGAAUGCGAGGAUGGAUGCAAUGGCAGGACGAAGUGCUGCGGCAAGAUGUCGGGAUCAUCGCUGUUUGCGUACCAGAAGAAGCGCCUGCGGCUGCCCGAAGGCGUGCCCAUCUACGAGUGCAACCGGAGGUGCAGGUGUGGCGAGGAAUGCCACAAUCGUGUCAUUCAGAAUGGUCGCAAGUUUCGUCUGUGCAUCUUCAAGACAAACGACGGACGCGGAUGGGGCGUGAAGACCAUGGAGACUCUGUAUCCUGGACAGUUUAUCGGCGAGUACGUGGGCGAGAUCAUCACGCACGAUGAGGCGGAGACGAGGGGAGAGAUCUAUGAUAAGAAGGGCAUCACUUAUCUGUUUGAUCUGGACUUCAACAGGGCGGAUCAGCCGUAUUCCGUGGACGCCAUAGAGUAUGGCAAUGCGACACACUUCAUCAACCACUCUUGCGUACCUAAUUGCGGUGUUUGGGCAGUGUAUGUGGACUGUUUGGACCCCAAUUUGCCACAUUUGUGCCUUUUCGCACUCCGGAAAAUCCCGGCUGGCGAGGAGCUGAGCUUUGAUUACAUUAAGGGCGUGUCUGGAGAGGGAAAACAGCUGGGAAAGUGUCUCUGUGGGGCGAAAGAGUGCCGUCAAUUUGUCUUCUAAGUACAUAUCAAUAUCACCAAGUGUUCAAAUUAAUCAUCUGAGAGAAAGAGAGAGAGAGAGAGAGAGAGAGAAAUUUGGGAACAAUUAUUAGUGUUUCCCACUGAG